AUAUUUUCUUCCUCCUCCUUGAAAACUCAUUAAUGGUUACUAAAGGCCAAGGCUUUUGUUUUGAGAAAAACUGCCUUUUUUCUUUUCUUUUCCUUUCUUAAUGGCUUUGCUUUGCUUUCACUGAACAAAUCUUCGACCAUCUGGGGGGUAACUGUAAUAAUGUCUUCUGAGAGACUUUGAAGCUAACUAUAGUUUUUGUGUGUGCCGCUUCCUCUUUUUCUUCUUCCAUCACGUUUGGCUUGGGGUUUUCUGUAUCCCUCUGUCCUUUUUCAUUCUCAGGCGCUGAGUGUUCAUGUGGUGUAGGAUAUAGGGGGUUGGAUUAUGAGCCCUGGUAUUUGGUCCUUUUCCUUAUUCAAGAUUGUCUGGAUCCGUCGCUUCCUAUUGGCCUUGCUAAUUUACGGGACAGCUCCGUGGGGAACGCUGUGAAGCUCCAAAUUCUGUUUGCAACUACUCAGACUGACGGCUGCUUUGACAUAUUCACAGUAUCAUCGUUUGAACGGAGAAAAAGACACUUGGUUCUGUUGUAAUUAUUGUCGCCUUAAGCCGAGCUUCAGGACACUUCCUGAAUGGGAACUGAUCGUGGUGAAGUAGUGGAGCCACUACCAAAUGUCCGCUCCUUUAAGGUCCAUCGAAAAAUGUGCAUAGAGCUAAUGAAAUUAGUUGAUAGAAUCUCUAGGAUAUUCCCAGAUAUUGAGGCAGCACGUCCUCGAUGCUCAUCAGGAAUACAAUCUCUGUGCUUGCUAAACAGUGCAGUUGACAAAGCCAAACUUCUCCUGCAGCAUUGCUGCGAGUCUAGCAAACUCUACCUGGCGGUGACGGGAGAUACUGUGCUCUCAAGAUUCCUAAAGGCAAGAAAAUCAUUGGAGCAAAGCUUAGGUCAAGUUCAGAGCAUUGUUCCAGUUAUGUUGGCUGCGGAGAUUUCUCAAAUAAUUGAUAAUCUUGCAUGCAUGACUAUUGUACUGGAUUCAGCUGAAGAAGAGGCUGGGAGGGUUGUAAAGGAAUUACUUCAGCAAGGUGCUUCAACCGCAGACUCUGUUGAAAAUUCUGAGAUUAAAGCUCUUCAGUUUGCGGCCGCAAGACUUAAUAUCUCAUCCCCGAAGGCCAUCUUAAUAGAGAAACGAUCUAUUAAGAAGUUGUUAGAUAAAGUUGGGCCAAAUGAUCAGACAAAAAAGACGAUCUUGAGAUAUCUCUUGUAUCUGUUGAAGAAGUAUGGAAAGUAUAUCACAGGAGAACAGAUGGAAAUGAUCUAUCCUUAUAGUGAAGGAUCGAUUGUACCUGAGAACUGCAGUCAUCAUUCUCGACAUAUCCAUAAUAUUGAAUCAGAAAGAUGCCUUAAUCAUGAUCAGUAUGAAACUCGCAACAGUGAGAUGGGUAGAGUAGAACCGCCCGAGGAAUACAAAUGUCCAAUAUCUUCAAGAUUAAUGUAUGAUCCUGUUGUUAUUGCUUCUGGAGCAACAUAUGAAAGAAUGUGGAUACAAAAGUGGUUUGACGAGGGCAAUGAUACAUGUCCAAAAACCGAGAAGAGACUGGCCCAUAUGUCAUUGACUCCAAACACUGUUAUGAAGGACUUAAUAUCCAAGUGGUGCAGAAAUAAUGGAGUUAUACUUGCUGAACCACAACAGCAAGCAAAAGAAUUUCACUCAUGGGAGGUUUCUUCAAUUUCCAUUAGGAGUUUUGGCAGUUCCAUGGAUGAUCUGCACUUACCAGUAGAUCUUAGCAACAUGUCACUUGGAUCAUUAGAUUAUAGUCAAGGUUCUGAUUCCUCACAUGCUCGGAACUCUAACGACUUAAAUUUGAUGUCGAAGAAGGUCAAUGACAAUUCUUGGAGUCAUCAACUUAAUGUGCAUGUGCAUGACACUGAUCUGAUAAUUUUGUCUGAAUCCCAUGGCCUUGAAUGGGAUUCUCAAUGCCAGGCCAUUGAAGAUCUGAAAGAUCGUUUGAAAUGCAAUUGCCAAAGUUCUUGUUCUGUGUCUUCUGAACGUUUUAUUGAAUUUCUCAACAGAUUUUUGAGCAGUGCAUAUGAACGUCAAGAUGUGAAAGCUCUUAGAACUGGAACUCAGUUGUUAAUGGAAUUUGUGAAUAACUGCGGAAAGGAUCUAUCUUAUUUAAGAGAAGGUACAUUUGGCAUGUUGGGAAGUUUCCUUGAUUUAGAAGUGAUAGGUGAAGCUCUUUCUAUAAUGGAAAAACUAUCUGCAAGUCAGCACAGCAAAGCUACAAGUGCAACGUCCAGUGUGCUCACUUCCAUCUUAAAGAUCCUGGACUCUGACAGCAGAGGGUUCCAAGAACAAGCUAUCAGAAUAUUGUAUAAUUUGUCUUUCAACAGUGAAAAUUGCUCCCCCAUGGCAUCUCUCGGGUGCAUCCCAAAAUUGCUGCCCUUUUUCAAGGACCAGGCCUUUUUGAGAUUCUGUAUAUGUACACUGAAAAACCUUUGUGAUAUUGAGGUGGGCAGGGUUUCUGUUGCGGGAACUAAUGGAUGCAUAUCAUCAGUUGCUGAGAUACUUGACACUGGUAGUGCUGAGGAACAGGAGCAUGCACUUUCUGUUUUACUCUCUUUGUGCUCUCAACGUGAAGAUUAUUGUCAGGUGGUCAUGUAUGAGGGUGUUAUCCCUUCCCUUGUCACUAUCUCCAUCAAUGGAAGUGAGAAUGGAAAGGUGAGUGCAUUGGAAUUGCUCCGUCUCCUGGGGGAUGUUCAAUAUGAAGAAGAGUCCAUGAGACCAAGAUGUGACACUCAAGAUUCUAACUAUCAUUCUCAAGAAAAGAAAUCGUCAAAGACCUCUGGAUUGCUGAAGAAACUAUCACCAUUCUCAAAAAGCAAGAGAUGAAGCUGAAUUCGCAGUUCAUUGGGUUAGUGAACGCACUUUGUCUUGCUGGAUAGCCGAUGGGCUUGUUUAGAUGAAGCCUUCAUCUUUGUAAAUGGGUAGAUCGAUCUUGGCCUCUGCCUCUUAUUAUUUAUUAAUAUCUUGCAGCAAUUAGUAGCCCUAAUUCAAACAACGGGUCUGCUUGGGGAUUUUUGUAGAGUAGCUGCACGCUGUAUGAUAAUGUAUAGUUCCGUAGUAAUAUAGUGUUGAUCAUGCAUGAUGCAUUCUUUUAGCAUGUUAGGUUAGGAGGGUUUUGUAAAAACAGUUAGGGUUAUCUGUUCUCCAGAGGAACAUAAUGGAGAUUACUUUUUUAAUUUCUCUAUCUCCCUGUCUCCCCACUCCUUCUCUAGCCUUUUUGAAUAAUUGUAUAUAUAGUGAACACGCCUAUAUUGGAGUGCUGAUUGCAAAAGAGACAUCAAAUGGUGUUGCAGGGCUUUUGAU